CUCACAAUCCGAAAAGUUCACGGGAUCCGGAGGCCCACCGGAAAACCAUGGCCAAGAAGGAAGCGGGCCACUCCGUCACUUUUUCUCUGUAACUCAUUCAUUCUCAUUCUUGAUCUACUUAACUUCACUCCGUGGAGAGCAAGCAAAGCGAGCGAGCGAGCGAGCGGGCCUGAGAGAGAGAGAGAGAGUCCCUUCGCUUAGAGGGGAUGCAGCAAUCAGUUGCAGAUGAAGAAGGCGGGUUCCGUCAGAGCAGCAGAGGCGACGGGCUUCUUUUCAAGAGAGGUCAUCGCGGCGAUGAAGAGGAGGAGAAAGAGAGGAGAUCCGAUCCCAAGUCCCGGCCUCGAUCGCAUCACCAUCACAUCAGGGGCCGCAGGGGCGAGAGAUUCGAUCGGUUGCUGUGUUGUUUCCAGAGCCGGAGACGAUCCGUUGUGCUUUUCACAGGCAUCGCCACCGUCGCGGUGGUGUUCAUUCUUGCGGAGACGUUCAUUCUUCAGCGGACCCUGGUCGGGCGGGGUUCGACGCUCGGACGCUUCGGCGGGGAGUGGAACAUGAUCGUCGGGGAGCCCUCCAAGUACUUGUCCUCAGCGACGCGCUUUGUCAUCGGGAAGAAUCUAAGGUUCGAGCCUGGCAGCCUCCAGGGCAGGCUUGCGAAAAGGCGUCGACUUCAUCCGACAGAGGAACACGCCAAAUUCGGAAUUCGGCCUCCACGAUUAGCCAUUGUCUUAGGUGGAGAUGAGGUUGUCUCUUCAACUCUAAAGCUGCUCUCCAUAGCAAAUGGCCUCAAGUUUCUUGGCUAUAAACUUACGGUGUAUGCAGUAAAAGAGGCUGACAUGCAUAAGCUCUGGGAGAAAAUUGGCUGUCAAGUGUUUAUCUUGGAUGUGGACAUUGCUGAUAAUUUGGAUUGGACAAAUUUUGAAGGUAUUAUCUUGAGCUCACUUGCAGUAAAAGCUGUAGUUCCAGAUCUCAUGCAGGAGCCUUUUUCUUCCAUACCACUUGUAUGGAUUGUUGAAGAUGGUACUCUUGGAAGGCGCCUGACGUUAUAUGAAGAGGCAGGGUGGAAACAGCUUGUUGAGGAGUGGAGAAACGCUUUCAGUCGAGCAGAUGCUAUUGUGUUUCCUAAUUUUCGCUUUCCACUGUUAUAUAACAAAUUUGACAAUGGGAACUUUUUUGUUAUUCCUGGAUCUCCUGUUGAUGUGUUGGCUGCGGAGAAGUAUCUGCAAUCUCACUCUAGAGACCAAUUGCGAGCAAAAAAUGGGUUCUAUGAAAGUGAUCUGGUUGUGACUGUGAUAGGAAGUUCUUUGUUUUACAAUGGGUUGCCUUUGGACUAUUCACUGGCUAUGCAUUCAAUCUCACCACUGUUGAUGAAACUUGCUAAGACGGAUGAUGUGAAAGGGUCUUUCAAAUUUAUUUUCUUGAGUGGAAACUCCAGUGAUGGAACUCAUGAUGCUUUUCAGGAAAUUGCUUCAACUUUGGGAUUUCCUGAUGGGUAUAUGAGGCAUUAUGGAAUGGAUGUUGAUGUUGAUGGCAUUCUCUUAAUGUCUAAUGUUGUUCUAUAUGGCUCAUUUCAAGACGAACAAGACUUUCCCCCAUUACUGAUCCGAGCUAUGACCUUCAAAAUACCAAUUGUUGCUCCUAAUUUGACUGUGAUAAAAGCAUAUGUUGUGGAUCAAGUCCAUGGCUUGAUUUUUGAUGCUGAUAAUCCUGAUACACUGACCACAGCAUUCUCCCGCUUGGUAUCAAAUGGGAAAAUGUCUGAACUUUCUCAUGUCCUUGCUUCUUAUGGAUCGCAAAUGGCACGAAACAUGCUGGCUUCAAAGUGUAUUGGUACUUAUGCAGAGUUGCUAGAAAAUGUUAUUCAGUUUCCUUCUUAUACUCUGAUGGCCAUGCCCUUUCGUGAUCUCUCCAAACAUGCCAAUGAAUGGAAAUGGGACAUUUUGGCUAGAGGAGUCAGAUAUUCUGGUAAUGAGCACCACCUGUCCCAAAACCGUGACCAGGAUUUGGAUGGUACAUCCAUAUCCAGCGUGGUGUAUACACUUGAAGAAGAAUGGCAAAGCCACAAUCUUUUAACAAAUUCAUCAGGGGGUGAAGCUGCUCUACAAUUUGAUAUGCCAACACAGCAUGACUGGCAUGAUCUAGCAGACAUGGAACUUUCUGAAGAAUCUGAAAGGCUUGAGAUGGAGGAGGUUGAAGAACGAACAGAAAAAGUUGCCAGUACGUGGGAAGAUGUGCAUCAGAAUGUCAGAAAAGUCGAGAAAAUAAAGUUUGAAACAAACGAGAGGGAUGAAGGGGAGCUAGAAAGGAUAGGCCAGCCAUUGUGUAUAUAUGAGAUUUAUUGGGGACAAGGUGCCUGGAAGUUCUUACAUCAUGGUUCUCUAUAUCGUGGCUUAAGCCUUUCACCUAGCACCAGAAGAUUGGUUUCGGAUGAUGUAGAUGCUGUUGGCCGCCUUCCAUUUUUAAACAAUACCUACUUCAGGGAUCUUCUUUGUGAAACUGGAGGCAUGUUUUCCGUUGCAAACCAUAUUGAUGAUAUUCACAAGAUACCUUGGAUUGGGUUCCAGUCAUGGCAUGCUGCCGGAAGAAAGGUAUCUUUGUCUGCGGAAGCUGAACAGGUUCUUGAAAAAUGUAUAAAUACAGAACCUAAAGGAGACGUGAUAUACUUCUGGGCUCGAAAUGACAUAGACAAUUCACUUUUUGACAUCCAAAAGAAGAAUCUUGACUUUUGGUCUAUGUGCGAUGUCUUGAAUGGUGGAAACUGCAGACACUUAUUUGAGAAAGCAUUUCGACAUAUGUACGGUUUACCACUCAAUGUGACUGCCCUACCACCCAUGCCUUUUGAUGGUGGUUACUGGUCUAUCUUGCACAGCUGGGUGAUGCCAACCCGUUCUUUUAUGGAGUUUGUAAUGUUCUCAAGGAUGUUCACUAGCUCAUUAGAUGUUCAGAAUCAUGAGCCAGAGGGAAACUGGACGUGCUUGCUGGGGACCUCAGAAAUGGAGAAGAAGCAUUGUUAUUGCCACGUCUUGGAGCUUCUGGUCAAUGUGUGGGCUUACCACAGUGCAAGAAAGAUGAUCUACAUCAAUCCCAAGUCUGGCGUACUUGAAGAGCAGCACCCCGUUGAAGGGCGUGAUGGCUUAAUGUGGGCUAAGUACUUCAAUUUUACACUACUCAAGGCAAUGGAUGAAGAUCUAGCAGAGGAAGCAGACGAUGAGGACCAUCCAAAUGACCGAUGGUUAUGGCCUUUAACAGGAGAAGUGUUUUGGCAGGGAAUUUAUGAGAGAGAGAGGGAGGAAAGAUACAGGCAGAAGAUGGAGAAGAAAAGGAGGGUGAAGGAGAAGCUAUUAGAGAGGCAGAAACAUGGUUAUAAACAGAAGUCGCUGGGGGGAUAGUCAGAUUUUCCUUGCAACUGUUAACAAGACCGACACCAGCUCACACUGUUUAUAGUUACAGUUUACGGACUCCAUCAAAUUGACAAGUAUUUGAGAAAGUUAACCAGAAAUACUUCCACUUUCUUCUAAUUCAUCUAUAUCGUGACUCAAAAGGUAUGGGGAUGAGAAGGUGUGCGGAUAAUUUCAGGUAACAAAAGCCUGUUGAACACCUCUGACACUCUUGGAAAUGGCUGACGGUAGUAACUGGAUUGGGCGCAUCACUAUACUCGUUCUACUUUUUUUGGGCUGUAGGAAAAAUCUGAACAUCUUUUUCUCCCCAGUAUAACCAGGGUCAAGUGGCUGUACAUAUCUGUAAGUUCAUUUUUCUGACGGUGUGUAUUCAUUCUUUUGAAAGAAGCACGUCUCCGGCCAGAGUGAUGGUAGCUUUUUUGGUUAAUUCUAUCUUUAACUUUGUACACCUCAAGUGAAGUUAAUGGAAUGUGCUGGGACGUUCAUUUUUGCUACGAUCA